CCCCAACGCCUGCUACCGGCUUCUGAAAGCAGGCUUGCUGACCCACAGGUCUCACGGAGUUCGGAAAUCCUCCCCGUCCCGGGUUUCCCGUAUUUCCGUCUCAGCACCUCCUGCUGCCCAAGGGUUUCAGGGGUUGCCCCGCCCACGCGCCACCCGCAGGCUCCGGCCAGGGCCGGGCGAGAAGUCUGGUGGCCGCCUCGCCCCCAUCUGGGGCGGGGGGUGCCGAAGGUGAAGGGCCGGGCUUGCGUCCCUCCAUCCCGUCCCCCUCCCGGGGACCCGUCUGGCGAGCGACAGGGCCGCAGGCAAGGGAGGAAGGGCCUCGCCGGCGGGCUCGGCGGAUCCCCGGGCGUGGCCGCGGGCGGUGCACGUGCGGGCCGGGAGGGAUCCCCUGCGCCGGAGGCGAGCCACCCGGAAGCUCCCGCGGACCUCCCGGCCCGCCCCCGCCGGCAGGGUGGCGGCCGGGACCGCGCGGGUGUGGGACGCGCCGCCCGGCCGGCGUCGGGCUGGGGUCACAGGUGGACGGCGGUGGGGAGGGUGCGGCCAAGUGGAGCCGGGAUCCCCGAGACUCCAGUCGUCAAGCCCGGAGCCCCGCAGAGCUGAGAUCGGGAAAGGCGUUCGCGCCGCUACAGCAGCCGAUCCUCCUUUCCUCCACCUGGGCCUCUUGGGCGGCGGCCGUACCUCAGACCCGGAGGGCAGGCGCGAAUCAUGACACCAAAGGGCACUAUGAAGCCUGUGAAGAAAAAGAAAACGGAAGAGCCUGAAUUGGAGCCCCUGUGCUGCUGCGAGUACAUAGAUCGAAAUGGGGAAAAGAACCACGUGGCUGCUUGUUUGUGUGAUUGCCAAGAUCUCGAUGAAGGGUGUGACAGAUGGAUUACAUGUAAAUCUUUACAGCCAGAAACUUGUGAAAGAAUCAUGGAUACAAUUUCUGAUCGCCUCCGAAUUCCUUGGCUUCGGGGAGCCAAAAAAGUUAACAUUAGCAUCGUUCCCCCACUCAUCUUACUGCCUGUCUUCCUCCGCGUGGCUUCCUGGCACUUCCUCCUGGGGGUGGUGGUUUUGAUUUCCCUUCCUGUGCUGGCCCUGUGGUACUACUACCUCACUCACAGAAGGAAAGAACAGACUCUGUUUUUCCUGAGCCUCGGACUGUUCUCACUGGGCUACAUGUACUACGUGUUCCUUCAGGAAGUGGUCCCCAGAGGACGUGUGGGGCCCGUCCAGCUGGCUGUUCUCACCUGCGGCUUAGUUCUGAUACUCUUAGCCUUAUACAGAGCCAAGACAAAUCCGGGCUACCUCAGAAAUCCAGCAAGCAACGACAGCUCUGUAAGCAACAGCCAAGUUGAAUACCUGAAUGCAAAAGGACAGGAGAAGACCAAAGGGUUCCCUGGAGCAGAUGUGUCAGGCAGUCUCAACAAUCGAGCCAUGAAGGAUGAACUGAAGGGCUCUUCCAAGAUGGUGGCCGAGAGCCCCACCAGGGUGAAGGAGGACUGGUGUGCCAAGUGCCAGCUGGUGCGACCAGCCCGUGCGUGGCAUUGCCGGAUAUGUGGCAUCUGUGUGAGGAGAAUGGAUCAUCAUUGUGUCUGGAUAAAUAGCUGUGUUGGAGAAUCAAAUCAUCAAGCAUUUAUACUUGCCCUUUCGAUCUUCUUGCUCACCUCGGUGUACGGGAUAACGCUGACCUUGGACACCAUUUGUAGAGACAGAAGUGUCUUCACAGCUCUCUUCUAUUGUCCUGGAGUUUAUGCAAAUCACAGCUUGGCUCUGUCCUUCACCUGCGUGUGGUACUCCGUGAUCAUUACGACGGGCAUGGCCUACAUCUUCCUGAUCCAGCUGAUAAACAUCAGCUACAAUGUGACGGAGCGGGAAGUCCAGCAGGCCCUUCGCCAGAAGACAGGGCGCCGGCUUCUCUGUGGGCUCAUCGUGGACACAGGCCAGUACAAUAGGGGCUUCCUGCGGAACUGGCACCAGUUCUCCACCCUGGGCGCCCAUGCAUUCCACCACCCCGCUGAGGACAUUGUCUGAAGUGCCUUCUGUAUGGCUCUCUGAGGGGCGGCUCUCCCUCUGCUUCCUUCCAUUUUACACUUCAGUGUCCAUGCAGGAUGUUCAUUUUGAUCCCAGUUUCUUAAAGGCACUGUAUGGCCAUGCUCAGGUUUAGAGACUGGACUGGUGAGAAGUUAGUUUCUCUGACUUCAUGACUUAAGUGUAAAAGAAGAGCCAUUUCUUUCCAGUCACCUUAUUAAUUAACUCAAUCCCGAAGAGCUGAAAGGAUGUGGAUUGCUAAUGCCACAAACUGAUAGAAGCAAUUUCCAUUCACUAAUAUGGGAGGAAAGAGUUUUAGAUUAGGAUAGUUUCUAAUCUCUCUUUCAAUCUUAAUAGCCAUGUGACCCUUAGUUUAGUCACUUCCCCAAGUCUCAGGUUCAUCUGUAAAGUGGGGUCCCAGUGCCUACCCUGGCUACCUCACAGAGCAGUCGUGAGGAUCAUGUGAGGGGUGAGGUACGUGAAAAACAUGAAAAAAAAAUAACCAUAUUGAUGUGCAAAGUAGUAGUAUUAGGGAAAUGCUAAGACUGAAGAAAAAUGUUCAUAGGUCAGAAUAUUGAAGCCGAUAUUAUUAGGGUAAUCGCUUUUCAGCAUUUCAGAGUGAGAAAAAGAUCCCCAUAAGCCAUGUCUUACAGUUAUGGGAAUUUCUCUCUCUGAAGUAGUAGACAUUUCCUACUCAAAAAGGAGAGAAGAGCACCAGGUGGAUUUAUGCUACAAGUCGUCAGAUCUUGAAAGGACGAUUGGUAACAGUUAUAAUGCUAAUUAUUGUCAGUAUAAUGUAUGGUGAUUCUGAGUUUAGGUGAUGAGUUCUUAUGUAUUUAUCUUUCUCAUGUAUUUAUUGUUUUGAUUUACUGUAAUUAACUCCAGUUCGCAUUAAUGUUUCUUUCCCUCUUCCCAUGUUUCACCGGGUAAGGUGCUAGCAGUCUUGUGACGAAGGCUAGAAGAGGAGAACAGGCACUCACUCCUAAGGGGAACACUUCACUGUCUUUCCUGGGUAGGGUGGCUGAUUAAUAACAAAAGCUUGAUUUUUUCUUGUUCAAGUAAGUAUUUCAAAUGCUGUCAGUUAUAGCAUGAAAUUGCAAAUAUCAGUCUUCUGGCAUUCACAUAAUUCUGGCAUGAACUUUCUUUGAGGAUUUGAUUGACACAUUCCCACUUAACUUGCACAUUACAUCUCAUUCACCCUUCCCUUUCAGUUCUUCUAAAUAAAAGUAUCUUACUAGGUGACAAGGAAAUGCAUUAUAUGUAGUUUCCACCAGUUUAUGGAUUACUGUUCUUCUGUAGCUCUUUCCCAAAUCACAAAGGUGUUUCUUUAAUCAUGUCUUAAAAUUGCAAAUGUAUAAAAGAUUAAAUAUUUAUAAUAGAAUGGGUCAUUCUGCCAUACAGUUAAGAUGAGGGAAUUUGGGAUGGGGAAAUACCCUCUGGGAUUUGUACAUGCACUUUUUUUGCAACCCCAAAGAUAAUCCAUGAGUCCUUAAAUUUACCUUGUUUUAUAGUUUAGUAUUGGGAAAAUACUGCCAGCUUUUUCUAUCUUUCUGUUUAUGUUUGUUUUAGCAAGAAAUACAGAAAUGUUGAUAGAAAGUACUGCUACUUCCUGCAACCCUGCCCUCUGCAGCUAGCACCAUCCCCUGUCUUGCUUGCCAUUAAUUAGGGCUGCCCUUUACUCAGGCUUGGGAGCUGUCUGUUGUUGCUUCCCCAGAGAAGAAUUGUUUGAUGAACGUUAGCCUCCCUGUCCCCUUGGGACAAGCCAAAAAGCAGCCUGGGGAUGUUAGCAGAGGACAUAGUUUCUACAGUGAUGUCCUCUCCCUGGCCCAGAGUUGAAUAUUCAUUUGGAAUUAAAGUUGGAUCUGAUUAACUAAUUCCUUUUCUGUAUAGGUCUGAGAAGAGAGGUAGCUGUGAUGUCAAGAAACCUAUGGUUGUAGUGUCUCUUAAAUGCCAGAUAUAUAGCCAAUUGACUCUAGCAGUUGAUAAUAAAAAUGUAUAGAAACCUUAAUAUGCUUAGUAAUUUUAGCCUCCUGCCAAAUCUUUAUCAAGGAUCAAAAUGGGAUGUGAUGGAGAAGGCGGCCAAAGUCAUUUGGGAGAAUUAGGGAUGAUCACAGUCUUAACAAUACACCUCUCAUGGGGUUACCUGGAUGAGAUAACUCAGUUUCCCACACGUGGAUAGGGUCUCCUUAUAUAUCAGUCUGGCUUAUUGGAAUUAUGAUGCUUAUUUUAAGUUCCUUGAGAACUCAAGAUUGGCAGUUUACAGAAGAUAACCAAGAACUGACAAAAGAUCAAUUGUUUUGUGGAGUAAAAUCCUACAGAAUCGUCUGUACCAAAAGGAGCAGAAAACAAAGGGCUAUCCAGGAGUAGUGCUUUUGUAACUUCUAGGACAUCCUUGCUCUGUGCCGUUAAGACUUUGAGCCCUUUUAUGAUCUGGAACUACUUGAGGGAUUUCAUUAUAGGCGUUGGCUCUCUCUGGAGAGCAGAAGAAUUUAUUGUGGAUCCUUUUCAAGGACAAGGCCUUUAUGAACUAGAAGCAUAUGAGUGGGAGGAUUGUCCUGUGAACCUAUAAACCAGCAGUCCCUUGGCCAUGGGAGCAAGCCCCUGGAACGUGAUUCCAGACAAGCAGGUCCCUUUAUCUUGCCCCACAUCCUUGGCCUCUGUUUAAUCAAUAUAUUGGAUAUAAAGCUCAGUAAAUGACCAUCUGUAUUCUGGGGAAGAGAAAUAGAUCCACUUGAAAGAUUCAAGGGGGAAAUAGUUAAGGAUCAGGAUUGCACAAAAAAGAGAAGUCCUUCAAUAUUUAAAAUGUUUCUUAUGACACCCAAAGAGUACUUUAUGGCUCAGUGUAGCCCACCCUGAAAUGAACUGCCCAUUGACAAUGCUCCUUUGGUAGGUUACUCCAAUGCUGCCAAAGUUAAGGCCUUAAACAUGUUUAAGGGAAAAUGUGUUGUGUGUUUCACUUCAGCCUCAUAUGUGUUUGUGUUUGGGAUAUUGUAAAUUUUUGCCAUCCAAAUAGUGUUUUGUUUGGUAAAUGAAAUAAUUGUUGUCUUCCAUUGUACCAUCUGCCUAGAAGAAAGAUUACUAUAAACUUUCUCUUAUGCAAUAGUCUUUGGUAUUUCUAAUAUUUUUAGCAAGAGAAAAUUUUCUAUACUAGAAUCUUCCACUGCCAGAAAACACAAUGCCAAUAAGGGUCUACAUAAUACUGACCAUUUACUUAGACUUUAUUUCCUUUGGGUACGGGACAUUUGUUUUUUUAUUAUAAAGCUUAACUAGUGUAAGCAAAAAUAAGACAUCUAGAAGCACAGUUUUAACCAGGAUGUUUAAAAAUUAACAUUUUGUGAGGUAUAAGGGUCUCUUUAAACAGGGUACGUAAGUUUCUAUGGACUUGUUUUAUUUUAGCCAUAUCUCUGCAAUUUGAAAGUGAGAAUUUCCUCAAACAAGCAAUGGAUUAUAGAGAACUUCACUUUAGGCAUCUGUUUGCAAUCUGAUUUUCUCAUUGGGAGCUUGACAAGUAUGCCGUUUUAUAUUAAAAAUUGUAAAGGGGAUGGAAGGGGAGCAUGAGAGCCAUGCUUAUCUUAAUCCUGAAUAAAAUUCAGUAUGUUCCUGUGGAUGUUUGCUGUGAUUAAUGUAACCUUUUUGCAAAAUCAGCUAAAUGCAAGCCUGUUGCUAAUGGACGAUUAUUUACACGUCAUGGGGCACUAAGUGUUUCACUGUAGUGUCAGCAACAGGCCAAAGACUUGAUUACUGGGGAGACAAAUUUCUUAGGGCUUGUGACUAAUUACUACAUUAGCCUUCCCUGUGGCACCCUGCACCUCUAGAAAAUCACACUUCAGAAGCAAGGCUUUAAAACCAGACCUAAUCUAGUCUAGUUAAUGAUGCAACUAAAAUUCUUAUUUCUUCAGAUGGAGCCACUGAAAAGGUGCCCAUGGUAUAAGCUUGCAGGCUCAAGUCAUGAUCCUAUGUUGGAUGGUUUGAUGGUAUGAGCUGUUAGGGCUUUUAAGCCUUUUCAUUUGAUUACAUUUCUGAGUUUGAUGUUAGACUAAAGGAAAUCCAGGAAUACUUCUUUAUGAUUAAAUUAGUAUUUAAUACUUAAUAUUAACUGGCCCAGCAAUAUUAGAGGAAUUUCUGAAGCUAACUCGGGAGGCUGUGUGCUAAACAUUUUGCACUGUUUUUGUACUUGUAUUCAUAUCCUCUUAUCACCUCAGAUCCAGACACAAGGCCUUUUAAAUGGCGAUUUAAAAAAUUUCUGCUAUUUAUGUAAAAUAAUGUACUGUGACCAAGUUGUUUAAAUGGAAAAUAAAGUGCUUUCUUUAAAGGAAAA